UGUAAUGUAUAGAAGCGGAAGCAUUAGCCUUCUGCCACAGUUCCUCAUGGCUAUAAUACUUAAUAGAUCAUGGUUGAUGCUUAUCCUCCUUCUUCAUCAGCAUGAUUGUGGGGUUUCAGGGAAGCCUCAAGUGCCAUGCAUUUUCAUAUUUGGAGACUCUCUAUCUGAUAGUGGAAACAACAACCAACUCUUAACGUCUUCCAAAGCUAAUUACAUCCCUUAUGGCAUCGACUUCCCCUCUGGCCCAACUGGAAGGUUCACCAACGGUCGAACUGCUGCUGACUUCAUCACUCAACGUUUGGGGUUUGAGAACUUGAUACCGCCCUUUGCAAAUAUCAGUGCCUCAGAUAUACUCAAGGGUGUGAACUAUGCAUCUGGCGCAUCUGGAAUUCGCAAUGACACUGGCUCGCAUCUGGGUGCAAAAAUCAGCUUGGGGUUACAGAUAGCGAAUCAUAGAGCCAUAGCUUCUCAAAUUGCCAGCAGACUCGGAGGUGAUGGAAAAGGUCGCCAAUACUUAAAGAAAUGCUUGUACUAUGUGAAUAUAGGAAGCAAUGAUUACCUUCAAAAUUACUUCUUGCCCCAAUGCUUCCCAACGAGCAGCAUCUAUAACCCUGAGCAGUUCUCUGAAGCUCUUAUUCAGGAAUAUUCACAGCAUUUAAGGGCUUUGUAUGAACUUGGAUCAAGGAAGUUUGCAUUGUUUGGGCUGUUCCUUCUAGGCUGCGUUCCAAAUGAACUCACAAAUCAUGGGGAUGGGUCUUUAUUAUGUGUUAAGGAGGAGAAUAGAGCAGUCCUCAUGUUCAAUGACAAGCUCAGAGGACUGGUGGAUCAGCUCAAUGAAGAGUUUUCUGAUGCCAAAUUCAUCUACGUCAACAGUGCACUAAUCUCAUCCAAAAGCCCACUUUUAGAUGGUGUAGAUAUAUGUUUAAGGAGCAUUGGAAAAUCUGGUUGCUGCCAAGUAAGAGCAGACGGGAUGUGUGAUCCUAAUAAAUCACCAUGUGCAGAGAGGAGCCUGAAGAUGUUCUUUGAUUCAUUUCAUCCAACUGAGGCUGCCAAUCACUUCUUGGCAACUUUGGCAUAUAAAUCUCUCUUUCCAAUCUUCGCUUACCCAAUGGACAUCAGUCAUCUCGUUCGCUUGUAAACCCUUAUUACCAACACUGUACACUCACACACAUGUAUGUCAUUUGCAUUGAUAUCAGUCUUACCAUGUUACUGUGUAAUCAUAUUAUUGAGCUUUGGGGUUUUGUA